AUGUUUACAAAGAAAGGUGGUGGUGACAUGCUCGAAAAAGAUGUGCUACUAGAAAUAAGUUUGGCGGAUCGACUAAUUAAAAAUAUAACAAUUAAUGAUGAAGGUGUAGACAUUGGAUAUUCAGAAAUUUGUGGACGUGUAGGCGAAAAGUGUUUUGAAAAUCCGAUUAUCGAAAUAUUGCCCGAUAUUGAUAAUAUAGUGCAGAGAAAAAAGAAAUUAAAGUAUCCGAUCGACAUAGAUCCGUUGACAUACUCUUAUCAAAUAUAUUCUCUCAACUUUGGAAAUGUAAUCGAAGAUGAGAACGACGUGAUUCAAACAGUAAAUGCUAUGAGAUUAACGUAUUUCACAGACGAGAGCGACGAGAAAAAACAAAAUGUCAUAGAAAGAUGGCGAACAGAAGUUUAUAAUCGAAUAAGAUAUCAUCGAUUUAAACAUGUUCUGUGUUUUAUUGAUUACACCUGGUCAAUAGAACAACAAAAUGUGCAAUUAAUGGAUAAUAUAAAACCGAUGAUUGGGGCACUAGUUGCAUUCAUUUCUGUUUUUACUACUGUUACGUAUAUUAGCAACAAUUGGGCAAAAAGCAAGCCUUUUCUGGGUGUUGCAAGUGUCGUAUCGGCUGGUCUGGCUGUAAUCACCUCUUUCGGAUUCAUGUCGGUUGUCGGUGUGCAGAACAGUAUUUGGAACAUCACCAUUCCAUUUUUAGUUCUCGUGACAGAGAUCGAUGAUGCUUUCGUAUUGUUGGCGUGUUGGAGAAUAUCAAACCCCAAGCAUAAAGUACACAAACGCAUGGAAGAAACAUUGGGUGAAGCAGGAAUUUCUAUAACGUUAACAUCAUUGACGAACCUAUUUUCCUAUUACAUUGGAAUGAUGUCAUCUUUUCCUCUGAUAAGAAUAUUCUGUUAUUAUUCCGCAACUAGCAUAGUGUUUACGUUUUUGUAUCAGAUAACGUUUUUUGCAGGGUGCAUGGCAUUAUCAGGAUACAGAGAAGAGAAACAACAACAAGAACAAGCACUUCGUGUUAAUUUCGGUCAUGAAGAAACUUUGAAUAAAGGAGUAAUUAAAAUGCCAAUUCGUAAACUAAAGUUAAAUCAUUUAUUUUACCACAGAUCAUCAGUUAUACCAAAUGCUUCUAUUCGUCAGUUACCAUCAGGAGUAAUUAUUGGAUUAGUAUCUAAUACAGCUUUUAAUAGGAAAGAUAUCGAACAUUCUUCGACAGAAGAUGAAAUGUCAACUGAUGAGCCAACAAUGUCAUGUUUUAGGGACAAGUUGGGGAAAAUUCUAUCUAUCAAUGUAGUGAAGUUAAUAGUUAUUAUCGUUUACUUUCUGAAUUUAUCAUUUGGAAUAUGGGGAGCCUUAACUAUAAAACACGGUAUAGAAUUUACUAAGUUAUAUCCAAAACAAUCGGUAAUAACACAGGGUAUUAAAAUAUAUUAUAACAGUUUCGGCCGUUAUACGUUUCCUUAUCAAAUAAUCAUUAACAGCACACUUGAUUAUUCAGAUUUAAAUGUACAGAAAUCAGUUGAUGAACUACUCAACAAAUUCGAAAGUCUUCCAUACAUUGCAGAUUCCCGAUUAACAGUAUCUUGGUUAAAAUAUUACAAAGAAUUCCAAAAUCACCCGCUGGCUAAAUAUUUAUUACGAGGAUACAACAUGUCGGUUAAACAAGAUUUCUUGGAUGGACUUCGCAAUGUUUUCCUGAAAUUUAAAUCAGCAGAACAAUUCUCCAACGAUAUCGCAUUCAACUCUGAUGGAUCCGAUAUUAUAAGUAGCAGAUUUCACAUUCUUGUAAAUGAUACGUUAAGUCCAGCAGCUGAAAUUGAAAUGUUAAAAAAUAUGUGGAAAAAUGCUGACGAAUUUGAUUUUCCUGUUCUUGUUUAUUCAGCAGUCGCACCUCUGUACGAACAAGGAAUUAUAAUUGGACGUACAAUUAACGAAUUAUUUUGGAUCACUUCACUUUUGGUUAUGAUUCUUUUUGUAGUUAUCAUACCAAACAUUGUCGUUGCUGUUCUCGUUGCAAUAUCGGUAUCAUCAACCAUCGUAGAAACUUUAGGAUACAUGUCUCUUUGGGAUAAAAUAAAUAGUUAUGUAGAAAUGAAUGUAGAUACUAUUUCUGAUAAUUACGAACAUCAGUGUCAUAUAUGUAAAAAGGGGUUUAAUUAUGAUGAUAUCAGAGUAAGAGAUUACAAUCACUUAACAGGGAAUUAUUGCGGGAUAGCUCAUAACCAUUGUUAUGACUCCCAUCAGAUUAUCAAAAAUAUUCCUCCUAAACUAUUUUCGAGAAUUCAGAUUAUCCCCAUAAAUCAGAAAAAUUUACAACGUUUACUUUAG